UGCCGAUGGAACCGAUCAACCAUGUCAUCGAUGGCAUCGACGAUCCACCGUCCUCCCAAGCAACUCAUCAGCGGCGGCGUCCUAAAUUUCUGAACAUGGCGACGGUGCCCCUAAUGAAGAAGACGAUGGCAGAGUUUCUGGGGACGUUCAUCCUGAUGUUCACGCAAGUGUGCGCCAUCAUUAUGGACGAGCAGCACGACGGCGUCGUGGGCCUCAUGGGCAUCGCCGUUGCUGUCGGUCUCGCGGUCAUGGUGCUCAUCUUCUCCCUCAUCCACGUCUCCGGGUGCCACAUGAACCCUGCGGUGAGCAUUGCCAUGGCGGUCUUCGGCCACCUCCCGCCGGCCCACCUCGCCCCGUACGUCACCGCUCAGGUGCUGGGCUCCACCGCCGCCUCGUUCGUGGGCCACGCGAUCUACCACCCCGUGAGCGCCGGGAUCGCCACCGUCCCGAGCAUCGGCACGGUGGAGGCGUUCGCCGUCGAGUUCGUCAUCACGUUCGUCCUUCUGUUCGUCAUCGUUGCGGUUGCCACGGACCCUCAUGCAGUGAAAGAACUGAUCGCAGUUGCAGUUGGUGGGACAAUAGUGAUGAAUAUUCUCAUCGCAGGGCCAGCGACAGGAGCAUCUAUGAAUCCAGCGCGAACGAUUGGGCCGGCAAUUGUUACGGGGAGAUACAGCAAGAUUUGGGUCUACCUGCUGGCUACACCACUGGGUGCUAUUGCUGGUGCUGGAGCUUAUGUUGCGAUUAAGUUGUAGUUACAAACUAUUUUUUUAAGGGAAAUUUGUAGUUACAAACUAGCAUAAAGAGAGGGUCGAUCGUCAAUGUAAAUAGCUCUUUUUCCGGGAGCAUUUUGUUUCUGGGAGCCUGCUAAUGACUACCACAUAAAUGCCUUUUUGAACUGUA